AUGAUGGAGGAUCAUCCGACAGGCUUCAGGUUCUAUCCAACUGAGGAGGAGCUCAUCUCUUUCUAUUUGCACAAUCAGCUCCAGGGCUCAUUGCAAGACCAGCUCCGCCGGAUCAUUCCGGUCCUCGACAUAUAUGCCACCGAGCCAUGGAACCUCCCAGAGCUUUCUGGAGAGCUGUGCCGAGAAGACAAAGAGCAGUGGUUCUUCUUCGCUCCGAUGCAGGAGAGAGAAGCCAGAGGAGGGAGACCGAGCAGAAGCACGGCGGUGGGUUAUUGGAAGGCGACCGGCUCGCCCGGUUAUGUCCACUCGUCGGAUAACAAAGCGAUUGGGAUGAAGAAGUCCAUGGUCUUCUACGUGGGAAAAGCUCCGACAGGAAGAAAAACCAAAUGGAAAUUGAACGAGUAUAGAGCCAUAGAAAUGAUCUCGCCUCCCAAUUCCAAUACACCAAGUUCUAGUAUGCCCGUGUUUAGGUUAAGGCAGGAGUUCGCGUUGUGCCGAGUGUAUGUUGUGUCCGGGAGCUCCCGAGCAUUUGAUCGUCGCCCAUUAGAGUUGAUGGUUGCAGAGACAAUACAAGGUGGAGAUGAUGGAAGUGGGAGCGGCAGCGGCGGCGGCAAUGGCAGAUUGGCGUCAUCAUCAAGAUCAGUGGUAGAAAAUAAUGCUGGAGGUUCCAGUUACACGGAGACGACUAGUAUGGAAACAGAAGAACCUAUAUGGGAUUGGGAACCUAUAUGGGAUUCGGAACCAUUUUGGUUUUAG